AAGCAAAGCAGGCGAGGAAUUCAAUACUUCAAUGUCUUCCAUAAAGACUUGUGUACUGCUGGCCGUAGGCUUUCUAUUUAUAUUCUGUCAUUCUGUAAACGGUUUAUCAUGUUAUUGUGACAUAUGCGCUGAUUCAAACUUCACUUGUGUAACUGAUGGGUAUUGUUUCACAAGUAUAUCAAAAGAUACAAGUGUUGUUCUUCAUUCAUCUCGGUGUUUGGAGAAUAAUAUAGUGAUCCCACGAGAAAAACCUUUGAUAUGUCAUUACCCUAAAAAACAUAAUGAUUCAUUUGUAACCGAGUGUUGUAAAGACUAUGACUUUUGUAACAGAGAUCUUAAGCCGACACUACAUGUUAAGCUUCCAGAUGAUUCAUUGAAUGACCCUAAAAAGGAGAGAUUGGGAAAAUGGGAGCUAGCUAUAAUAAUAGCUGGCCCAAUAGGUGUUGUAUGCCUUGUAGUCAUGCUUAUUAUGAAUUUUUGGGCUGGAUCAACUAAACUUCAUAAUAUUAGAUAUCUACGAACUCCCAGAAUCAUAGCUGCUGAUCAGCAACCUAUUUUAACGGCAGCUGUUUCUUUGAGAGACAUGAUUGAAAUGACUACUAGUGGAUCAGGAUCAGGAUUACCGCUUUUGGUUCAAAGAAGCAUUGCUCGUCAAAUCCAACUUGGUGUACCUAUUGGUAAAGGUCGUUUUGGGGAAGUAUGGCAAGGAAAAUGGCGAGGAGAACAAGUAGCUGUAAAAAUAUUUUCAUCUAGAGAAGAACGAUCAUGGUUUAGGGAAGCUGAGAUUUACCAAACAGUUAUGCUGAGACAUGAUAAUAUUUUAGGAUUUAUUGCUGCUGAUAAUAAUGAUAAUGGCACUUGGACUCAAUUAUGGCUAAUAACUGAUUACCAUGAAAAUGGAUCGUUAUUUGAUUUUUUAAACCGAAGUACAGUAGAUACAAACGGAAUGAUUCGUAUAGCACUGUCUAUAGCAACUGGUCUUGCUCAUUUACAUAUGGAAAUUGUUGGCACUCAAGGUAAACCAGCCAUUGCACAUCGAGAUCUCAAAUCGAAAAAUAUUUUAGUCAAAUCAAACGGAACUUGUGCUAUUGGUGAUUUAGGACUUGCUGUACGAUAUGAUACUUCCAUGGAUACAGUUGAUAUCCCAUUAAACCACAGAGUAGGCACUAAACGAUACAUGGCCCCAGAGGUUUUGGAAGAAACGAUCAAUAUGAAUCAUUUUGAUUCAUUUAAAAGAGGUGAUAUUUAUGCUUUGGGUUUAAUUCUAUGGGAAGUAACACGGAGAUGUUAUGUUGAUAAUAUACACGAAGAAUAUCAAUUACCAUAUUAUGAUAGUGUACCAUCUGAUCCUACUAUUGAUGAAAUGCGCAAAGUUGUUUGUUUAGAAAUGAAACGACCCCCUAUACCACAGAGAUGGAAUGCAUACCCGUGUUUACAAACAAUGAGCAAAUUAAUGCAAGAAUGUUGGUACCAUACUGCAUCUGCUCGUCUUACAGCAUUACGCAUUAAAAAAACUCUAGCCACUUUGGGUGCCAUGCAAAGUCAUAGUAUUAAUAUUAAUAUCUAAAAACUUAAUGGCCUCAUAAAAGAUAAACCUUUAGCUGCCAAUAGAUUAUCUACAAACAUAAUGUUUUCAAUUUCUGGAUAUGUAAUUUAAGUUUCAUAGUUUAUGAAGUCUCCUAAAACAUUGUAUGUGCCAUUUUAUUCUUCGAAAAUGUGAUGGUAUAGGAACUGUUUUAUAUUUAAUAACUAAUACGUACUUAUUAACUGUGUUUUUUGUAAUCAUUGUACUUGGUUACCAUAACAAAACUUAUGAGUGUUGCAAAUUGUAUCACUUUAUGAACAAUAAUUUAUUUCAACUCAAAAUAAUUUAAAAUGACUUUAAAAAAAUUUAUUGGUAUUGUUGCAAAUUUGAAAUUUCUAUAAAAAAAAUAUAUUCUGGACAAUAGAUAUUUUAUACUUGCAUAUAAAAAACUAUAUAAAAUGAAUAUUUUUUGCAUGGUUAUUAACCAUAUUUUUAUAUUAUUCCCAUUUUUUUUUUAAUUAAAAUUUUCAAGAAAUUUUGGAAAAAAACCUAUGUUCACCACUAGGAUCUCAUUAAUGUAGCUUUCCAUAAUACAUAACUACUAUCUAACACUUUGAUUCCCUCCUUUUUUAGUCUAAGAAUCUUGUUUCUUUUUGUCAAAUAUCAUAUAAAUAAAACAAAAUGGUUUAUUGUCAUAUAAUUACUUCCGAUUUAAUCUUAUUUACAAAUAAUUUUAUAAAUUAUAACUAUUUUAUAAAUUGAAAAUCAGAGUUUGACUUAACAAAUAAAAUAAUUUUAUAUUGAUCAUGAAGUAUAAUAUGCACUAAGUUUAUUUUUAAUUAUAACCUUGUAAUACGACUGUAAACUAAAUAUUUAUUUGUGCUCCAGUUUUUAUUGAUUAUUGAUUGAAUUUAACUCGAGUCAAAAUACGACUCUAGUUUAUAUAAUUAUAAAAUAUGUCAUAAUUAUUUGCUCAUAAUUAGAGUUUAUGUUAACUGUUAAAAUGUUUUAUAUUUUCUUUUUUUGUGUUUACCUACAUACAGUUUUUUAACUACAUUCGAGAUAAUUUUAUAUACAUUAGGUUAAAUUUAAAUAUAAGUAGUGUACAUAAUUAUACCAGGUGUCUCAUUUUCUUAUAAUCGAGGAUUUUAAUUAUUUUUAAAAGUUUCAUGAGUACAUUUUACUUUGAAUAAUGCUGUUGAAUUAAAUUUCUAACUGACAACUGAUUUUAUACAUUUUUGUAACAAUGCAUAUAAUAUCUGAAUAUUUUUGAGACACAAUGUAUAUAGUAUGUAUUUAUUUACCUAAUUAAUGUUAAGUCAGGCUUAAUGAUGUUAGAUUUGAGAUGAUGUGUACAAUACUUAUAUAAUUAAGAGUGCAGAAAUCCUUUGUUAGUGCUCAAAUUAAGAAGAAAAAAACAGAGUAGCCUAGAUGAUUAAUAACAGUACAAUUUACUAUUAAAUAUUUUAUACUACUUAUUGUACAUAAAUUAUAUGUUAUAUAUAUAAUGAUACUUAUAAAUGGCUAUUCUUUUCUUGGAGGCAUUAUAUUUGAAUUGAAUUUUAACAGUUUUAGUCAUAAAUGCAUAAGCAGCUUUUUUUCUACAGAGUAUUUUUCAAAUAACAAUAUUAUAAAUUAUUUAUUAUUUUGUAUUGCAUAGAAGUAAAUGUUCUUUUGACAAAAAUUAUUGUUUUAUUAAAAUUUUUAUACAAUCAUUGUACUUGUCUGCCAUAGUCAAGGUUUUAUAAUCCUCAUAAUUUAUAAAUUGUGUAACUUAUACAUUUAAAAUUUUUGUAUACUCUUUAAAAUCAAGUUAGCAUUACAAUGCUAUAAAUAUUUUCUGAUAAUUUUAAAUUGUAUAAUUAUAGAAAACAAUAGACAAGAUGUUAUUUUGUACAGGUGUAUGAUAGUUAUACAUAACAGAAUACAUUUAUUAUUACUUUUUUUGUCUUCUUUGAAGUGUGUAAAUAUGAUAUUGCUUAAUUUUUUCCUCACUAAGCUAUUUUAUUAUAUUUUUAGUUUUUGUAAGUUAAUAUAUCUAUUAAAAUAAGUAUUUGUUAUAACUGUACCCCCACCAUAUAACCAUACUGCUCUCUACCAACCCAUAUAUAUUUUUUAACUUGUUUUUAGCCUGAAAGCUUUUAAGAGUUAAAAUGUUUUGUUUUAA